AUGACAACCCUAGCGAAAGAUCUGCCCAACCUCCAGCUCUCGCUAGGCGUCGACGAUCUGGCGAAUCUCGCCGUCACCCCAUGGUUCAGCUACAUAGUCAACCUCGUGGAGUGCCCGCUCCCAACCAUACCAGAGCGGCCCCACCUCAAAACCGAGCGUCUGAUCUUACGCCCCAUCCUGCCGUCUGACCUGGACGCGUUCUGCGAACUCCGCAAGAUCCCGGAGUGCCAAAACCAGUCCAAGACGCGCGGCCGCGCGGACGAGAGCAGGGAGGAGACGAAGCAGGCACUCGAGGCGCUGAACCGCGAGGAGCAGAACCACUGGUACUUCGGGGUCUUCCUGCAGGCGACGGGCGAGCUGAUCGGCGAGGCCGGGCUGCCCGACUGCGUCGCCACGGCCACGUCCAACACGGGCUGGCCCGAGGCCGAGUUCCUGCUCAAGCCCCGGUUCUGGCGGCAAGGGUACGGCACCGAGGCGUUCAAUGCCUUGGUGGACUCCUGGUGGGGUCUGCCCCGGGAACGACGGCGGCACCAGCUGAUUACCCCGCUGGUCCCUGGUAUCGAACCGGGCGCCGAGGUUCCCGAGGGUCUCGUCUUUCAGUGGGAGGCGCACAAUGUGAGGGCGAGCGGGUUCUUUGCGAAGGUCCUUGCUCAGGCGCCUGCUGCUGCUGAGGGCACGUUUGAGAGCCGCGAUAUGCGCGAUGGGAGGCAGGGCGAGAUUGUGCGCUGGGCUGGGACGUUGAUCGGGAAUCCGAGGUCGUGA